CAUCCCAUCUUCAACACCACACCCAACUCUCCACUCCACUUUCUUCGCCUGCCCCCCAUCCACACCAGCGACAUGUCUACUGCUCCCCCUCCCACCGCCACCGGCUCCUCCAAGCUCGACGCCGUCAAGGCCAAGGUUGGAGCCAGCGUCGACCCAGCCGCGCCCACCGGUGCCGCUCUGUACGCGCGAUUCGCCUUUGCUGGUGCUGUCUGCUGCUCCGUCACUCACGGUGCCCUCACGCCCGUCGAUGUCGUCAAGACCCGCAUCCAACUCGACCCUGCUACCUACAACAAUGGCCUGAUUGGCGGCUUCAGGAAAGUUAUCGCCAACGAGGGUGCCGGCGCUGUCUGGACUGGUUUCGGUCCUACCGCCGCUGGUUACUUCCUCCAGGGCGCCUUCAAGUUUGGUGGAUACGAGUUCUUCAAGCAGCAGUCUAUUAACAUGCUCGGCUACGAGACCGCAUCCAACAACCGUACUGCCGUCUACCUCGCCUCCGCCGCCGUCGCCGAGUUCUUCGCUGAUGUCGCUCUCUGCCCCCUUGAGGCUACCCGUAUCCGUCUCGUCGGUGACCCAACCUUUGCCAACGGUCUCGUUGGUGGUUUCACCAAGAUCCUCAAGAACGAGGGUGUCGGUGCCUUUUACUCUGGUUUCGGCCCCAUCCUGUUCAAGCAGGUCCCCUACACCAUGGCCAAGUUCGUCGUCUUCGAGAAGGCUAGCGAGGCCGUCUACACCGUUGUCGACAAGAGCAAGACCUCUGCCGGUAUGCAGACUUUCUACAACUUGGGCUCCGGUCUGGUGGCUGGUUUCGCUGCCGCCAUCAUCUCCCAGCCCGCCGACACCAUGCUUUCCAGGAUUAACAAGACCAAGGGUCUGCCUGGAGAGGGAACCACGAGCCGUCUAAUCAAGAUUGCUAAGGAGCUUGGUAUCCGUGGCUCUUUUGGUGGUAUCGGUGCCCGUCUUUUCAUGGUUGGUACCCUGACUGCUGGUCAGUUCGCCAUCUACGGUGACAUCAAGAAGGCCCUGGGCGCGACAGGAGGUGUUGAAAUCGCCAAGACCAACUAAGUUUACGUCUUGUGCGUUUCGGGGGGAGUGGAAGAGAUGAUUCCAGCACAGCCAUGACAUCAAGUCUCGAAAGAUGGGCUUGUUUUUACGCAAAAAGUCUGUCUUUUUUUCCUUUUUUAAAGGCUGGCAUGGGGUUUGAUUCGAUGUCACAUUUGGUCUUGUAUUACCUGUGGUUGUGUUUUAUUUGCAGCCUUUCGGUUUGGGUAUUGCUUCACUAUAGAGGGCGAUAUCAUGUAACAGUACGAUUUGGUCGGAACAUUUGCUGCACAAUAGACUCAACUCAUAAUGUCCAACUGAUUGCAUGACGUGACUUGAUUUAAUUGACUAGCAGCCGAAGUUCAGGUAUUAAAAUGUUUCAGGAUAUUCUCAUGA